UUAAGCGAUUUACUCAAGAUGGUGGCAAUAAUAUGUCUGGAAUUUCAACCACUUUAGUGACGUUGUGAAAGAUUUAGUCACCAUGACUGAUUACGAAGAGGACUUAAACAAAGAUGUAAGUCGUUUUAACGAGGAUCUAAGCCUAUUCGAGGUCCCUACGCCUAAGGCUUAUUGGGGUGAAACAACUCCCCCUAGUAAAACUGACACUUCCUCUGUAGUUGGCUCGCAGUUCAAAAGCAAACAGGAUUUGUUUUUGGAGCAAAUGCAGUUGAAGCAACAGGGACAAAGGUCUUAUACGCCAAAGACUGUGUAUAAUCCUGGCUAUACUAGUGUGGAUAGAAAACUUUUAGAGGACGGGACUGUGAAUGAUUGCAAUGCGAAAUCCGGUGUGAAUAGUCCAGUUUCUGCUGGGCCUGCCUCCCCUAGCCAUUCAAAUAUGACCAAUGCAUUGCCAAAACACGGGACUGUGGUAGGUAUGGGUCAUUUAGCGGACACUACUGUACAGCAACCGGGGACCGCGCAGCUGCCCAACAAAGGUUUGAUCCAGUUGACGAAAAUGGUGAAUUCGAAUGGGAAUGGAACGAAUAGUCAACCGCAGUCACCGAGUCACAGCGUUGGGAAUAAGGCGGCGCCACCACCUCCUUAUCCAUAUGUUAAUAUGCCCCCUAGCACAUUAGCGUACACAGGAUAUGAUUCUAAAGGAUCGAGCCCGAGGGGAAGUGUCGCCAAUCCCCCGGCUCAUUUAUUUGACCCACGAUUCGGGAGCCCACGUUCUAGUCUUGCUAGUCCUAGGUCAAGUAUUAGUGCUACAUCAUUAGACUCUAAACACUCGAGUCCAAGGACUAGCAUGGCGCUAUCAAAUCCGCUAUAUGAUAAGUUUCCGAGUCCACGGACUAGCUUAAUGAAUCCGAAUGAAAAGUAUCCAAGCCAACGUUCAAGCUCUUCUUCGGGUUAUGAACAGAGUUUGGUGAAUCAUCCGAAUGCGGUUUACAUCGGUCAGCAGAAUGUACCGUAUACUACUUCUGGAUAUACUGGGGAUAUGCCUCCUCCUCCACCUUACGACGCAAAACAUCAAAAAGGUAUACCAAAUGCGGGAAUUUAUGCAAAUGUGUUAGUGAAUCCAGCAUUUGUACAAGCGCUGAAUGCGCAGCAGGGACAAAAACUUCCGGUCAAGGGGAUGCCGCCUAUUCCUAAUGAUUUGAAUAUGAAAGGAAAUUCGGUGUAUACGUCAAGCAGUGGGCAAUCUACACCAGGGCAUAGCUCGCCUGCUUUAGGUUCACCCAUACAUGCAUUGCCAGGACAAGGCCAGGUGAAUGGAGGCAUUCCUGUCAAUAUGCAAAACGCUUCCUUAAAAACGAGAUUACAUUAUGAUGUUGUACCCCCUCGGAAACCAGGUCCGAGUGAAGCAGAGAAGAAACUAGCCGCGUUAACGCAACAGUUGGAAAACGAAAUGAGGAUAUCUAGCCCGAAACGAGCACUUCCGCCAGAAAAUGUUCCGCUCGAGGCGCCACCCCCUUACCACGGUCCCCAUAUUACGGAACCUUCCCCUGCUCCAUAUAGAAAUGUUGUCAACAUGGCAAAUCCGAAUAUGCAAAAUUUGCCAAACAUGCAACCGGUUAAUAUGCAUCCGGUAAACAAUCAACAUGGUGGAUUACAUCUUGCGAAUCAUGGCGGACAUCAUCCUCAUGUCAACGCAUUAGGAAGUUAUUCGUCGAAUACGUCAUCAACGUCGCUGAGCAGUCAGUCUUCUGGGAUUUAUGGGAACCAGCUGAGAGGCCCUGUGGCAGCACCUUUGUCUUAUCAGGUCACACAGCCGCCUCACCAAGGAUUACCAAGCGAAGCGGAGCAAAAGAUAAAUGCCCUUACGCAGCAACUCGAGGAUGAAAUGGAGAACAACCCUACCGGAGAAUAUUUCGGGCAAUGUUUCCAAUGCGGUGAGAAGGUCACGGGAGCUCAGGACGCCUGCCAAGCGAUGGGCAAUCUUUAUCAUACCAGUUGUUUUGUGUGCUGUUCAUGUGGGAGGACGUUACGAGGGAAAGCAUUUUAUAACGUGCACGGGCGUGUAUAUUGUGAAGAAGAUUAUUUGUAUUCGGGUUUUCAGCAAUCGGCAGAGAAAUGUGCGAUAUGUGGUCAUUUAAUCAUGGAAAUGAUUCUGCAAGCGAUGGGCAAAUCAUAUCACCCUGGUUGUUUCCGGUGCUCAAUAUGUAACGAAUGUCUCGACGGUGUGCCAUUCACCAUAGAUGUAGAAAAUAAAAUAUAUUGCAUAAAAGAUUACCACAAAGUGUAUGCACCAAAGUGUGCGGCGUGUGGUCAGGCCAUAACUCCUGUAGAGGGAACUGAAGAGACUGUCCGUGUUGUGUCGAUGGAUAAGGACUUCCAUGUAGAUUGCUUCCAUUGUGAGGAAUGUGGGAUGCAAUUAACAGACGAGCCAGAUAAACGCUGCUACCCUCUCGACUCCACUCUAUUGUGCCAUGGUUGCCACGUGAUUCGAUUAACGGCAAAAAAUACAGCAGACUCGUCGCAAACGCCGACAGAACCGCCGCAGAGAUUAACACAAAAUCGUCAGACGUCUUCGCAACAAUCCACGCCAAAACCAUCACCGCAGCGCCAACGACCAAAUCAGGCGCCGCCCCCUCCGUAUUUGCGGAGUCCCCCUCCGGCGUACUCGUAUCCUCAAACGACAACGACACAAGUACAACAGCACCAAUACAAUAGCAAGCCAAAGCACCAAGUUACGGACUUAUAACAGUGAUAAAUCAGGGAUGCCUUCACGGUGUAAAUUUGGACAUUCCGUCUGGGGUCUUUUGCAGCUGAUUCUUUAACCCCUUCAGGGAUAGUUCCACGAUGAGGUUGGAAGUACCAAUUUGAAAGUAUCGGGAGUUCUGAGAUUGGCUUCAGUGCUACUACGAUAUUAAACGAAAUCCAAACUGGGGGAUUGCUCUCGCUAGGUUUUGUCAGAUGAUUUACAUGAUGUUUAAAGGGAGCUAUAGGCAGGAGUAAGUUGGUCUGGAAGUGACUUAUAUGCAUAGUUAGGAGCUACUUUAUGUAACUAAAUCUGGCCCACCAGACUCCUGCCUAUAUUCUCCCUUUAAGGGAAGAAGAACUACUUGCUCAAGUUUAAAAACUAAAGUGUGCUUUUACAGUAUUCUUGACCAGAAAGUUACCAACUUUCCAACUACUAGUAAUGCAGGUUUGCGGCAUAUUCUUCCUGAAAAAUGUUUACCAAGACAGCAGAAAUCGAAAGAUCUGGCUCUCAGCUCUCUGUAGAAGUUUGGGUAUUUGAAAUUGGACCAAAGAUAAAGAUUUUAGAGGCAUCUUUUGCUAGUAUGGACAUUUCUAAAGCUACCUUUUUGCAUGAUAAACUUUUUAGUUUGCUUUGGUCUGAGCACUGUCUAGCCCUAAUGCAUGCAUGUGUCUGCAGCUAUAACAUCAGUAUAAGGUUCUUCAUUGGAAAUCCAUUUGUAUGGUCAAAUGUUGCUGAAAUGAUUUUUACAUGUCCUAAGUGUCCUUCGAUGGUGAUUUGUGAUGAUGUCUAUAUGUUGUCUUGUUCACUUCAUAACUGAUCCAUUGAUAAGAAUGUUUAAGUAAUGGACUGGUGCGACAUUAUCAUCGGGAAAAACAUACAAAAGCUUCUAUCUUCAAUAUCUGUUAACCACUUUUGAAAAUUGUAUUAUUUGUAGGUUUUUUGUGCACUUUAUGUGGCAGAAAUUUUAAAAAUCACCAUGUACCUUUCAAUUGAUGUCUUAUCCUUCAAUACUCCACUGAAUUUUGCGAGUUGCAAUUUUGCGAGUAUAUCGAGAGUAGGCCCUACUUCAAACUAGAAUUUUACAGUGUGGUCAUGAUAAUCAUGUGGAAGUUUCAAUCUUUUGUAGGAAUUUUGUACCUUUUAUAGUAACUUGGAUGUGCAAUUUUUUUACGAGAUAACCUAUUAUUGUCUUCCCAUGGCCAUGAUUUUAUACACCAUCAACUUUCAUGCAGGCUGAAUCAGGUUCGAUGUUUUAUAGGAAAAUUGAAAUGUUGUCGUUGUUGUGGAAUAGGUGGUUAAUUGUGCUGUGCUAUGUGUAUAGGGUCCUUCCGAUAAAAAAACCUGAUCUUAAAGUGUUUAGUGCCGAAUUCUGUUUGACAAAAUAGAGAGGUUCUGAGGCAUGAUAUCUUAAGAUUUUUGUUACGAUUUGACCUACAGGGUGUGGCAAAAAAAAUAUUGCUAGGAAUGUUGGCCACAUGUCCUGAGCCAUGUUUGUCUAGCACAGAGUUUUUAACGAACUAGUCUUGUUGGUGGGGCGGGCUACUUGAUAAACAUGUGCUAAAGCUGGAGAUUUUAGUUGGCAUACUUCUUAGCCUUAGCUUCAUGGGGUGCGGGGGGGAGGCUGGUAGUGCCAAUACUUCAAGCUGAAACAAAUUGUAUACUGUAGACCCCCUUUACAGUAUGUACGGAUUGUUUAUUGUUGUCACAAGGAGAUUGUGUGAUAUAUGUUGUGAUUCGUGUAGCGUCCAUUUCUCUUUAUGGUGUCAGAAUUUCUUAAACUUUAUCACAUGUUUAAAAUGUACAUGUUAUUCUGGCUGGCUAUUAGUGGAAUGGACUGUAGUUUAUGUAUGUCCAACUCUUGAUGAACGCUGUCUUAGCUGUGAAGAAUGGUGAGGCCACCCUAAAAUGUCUGUUUUGUAUACCCUUCAUAAAGGCAUGCGAAAGGGAAGAUGUUGUAAAAUCCAGUCAUGGAGAUGUUACGGGCAUCCUGAUUGGUCAUUACCAAAAUUCUGACCAGAACUGACCAAUCAGAAGUCGUCUUACAACUAUGUUGUUUCUCCCUGCAGAUUUGAAUGACACCUUCCCUUCAAAUCUAAUGGGAAAGUGAUUAGUUUCAUGACUGAUAGCAUGAAUUAUAACUUUGUCCAUGUGAGGGGGGAAUGGAUAUGUACUAAUUCAGGUAUAUAAGUACUGGAGUAUCUCCAAAUUUAAGAUUCUGCUGCUUAGUGAUUUUAACUGCAGUUAAUAUUAAAUGUUAAUUUAUUUCAGUUUUGUAAAUUAGUAGAACUUUAGUCGCUUAUGUCAGCAAGCUCUAUUAUUUUGCCGUCGGAGUUGAAUGAUUGGAUCGUCAUCAUGUACAUAACGAAUUUGUAGAUCUUUGCAACUUUGGUGACCCAGCACUGUUGAUCUCUUUGUUAAAUACUGCUCUUAUAUUAUUUUACACUGUGUAACAGUGCAAUGUUGUUUAUGGAAUUUUGCUAGUUUCAGUGUACAGGGUGUCCCAAUAAAGUGUGAUGCUAGAAAAGUUGAAGUGUGAUUGAGAAAUAUUCAGAAACAAAAUAUGGCCUAUCCAGAUGACCACACGAAUGACCACACAAAUGACCACUGGGUUUCUCUGAAAUUUUCUUUAAAAUUUCUGCGCUGACAUUGCUGAACCCUGAAAAUCCUGUCACUAAUCAACGAUCGUCAAUUUUAUCAUUUUGCUCAAAAGUCCUUGCUACUUGGACAUGUUAUAGUUGCCUUCAAUGAGAGCAUUGCAAACUGGUUGUAAGUUUAUUAUUCUACGUCACAUAAAAAAUAUGUAAGCAAGCUUGCCUUGUAUUUUUGUCGAUAUGAAGUUAACUUUUCAUGGGAAAUUUCAAACUGAAAUAACUUGUAAUCAACAUUUGGGUCAAUGUCAUAUUGAUGUAUUGAUGUGGUCAGCUAUUAAGGCAGAGGAUUUUCAAGCUUGGAUAUCGCAUAGGGUAAAGGGCUGGCCCAGGGUUAGAAAAUACAAGGGACCAGGCGCUAUGCAAAGUGUCUGGGUUGCCCCGUGAUUGAUGCCUGAUUUUGGGUAAUAUAAUGGUCACUUAUGUCACAGAGAUGCAUCUGAUAUAAGCUUCGUUUUGAUGAAAUAUUUUGAUGAUAACUUUCAUCAAUGUUGAAUUUAAAUAGCGGGUUGGCUCUAGGGUAGGUUGAUACGCACAAAGUCAUCAUUGAAUUGACUAUCAUCUCAAAAAACUGCUAAGCCAAUUUUCUGAUUUCGUGAAUCUCUGAUAGUUACAUCAAUAUUUCAUCGUUUUGAAAAACAGUGGUCUGGUCUGUUCCUCGUCAAGCCUGAACUCCAAUGUGUCGGGGUAACAAAUCAGGUGAGGUUUAGAUGUAAAGGCCAAAGCAUAUAUCUCAGUUGCUCCAGUUUCAUGACGUUUAAGAAUGUCCUCCUAACUUUGUUUUACUAGCUUGGCUCCCAAGGCUGUCAAUUGCCUAUUUUGGAAAAACCUUGAAACACAAACAGUAUUUAUAGUAUUGGUAGUAAACUAUUGCUUCUGAAUUAGGUAUUGACAUUAGGUAUGGGUUGAGUUCAAUUCAAUCUUAAUAAGUUUUUUAGGUUGUGCUUUUCCGUUUUCUGCCAAAAGGCGGAUAUUAGUUAAUAGAACAGUUCUUCAGUUUGGUUCCAAGGACAUCUUUCUACUUCAGUCUCAGUUAAUUCACCUCUUUCAAGAUGGAAUUUGUAGUUUUGGGGAAAUAAAAUGGUGGACUUCUGGAUUCAGAGAAAGACGUGGUAUUCACCCAAAAGCCUGGUCUACUCGUAGAUUUUUUCAAAUUUUCAAAAUUGCAUUGGAAAUUUUAAAGAUUUUUCUGAAAUAACUUUUUGAUAGCCCAGUCUUCUCAACAAGAAGUUCACCAGCUCCUUUAAAAGCACAAAGAAUAUGGUUUGACUCCCUGUAAUUGCUGAAACAUUUGUCAGUUAUGUUUAUAUUAGUGUUGAAAGACUGAAAUUGAAGAUGUUCUUCUAAAUAUCAUCAUCCCUGGUUGCAAAUGGUUGUCCAUUCUCUCGAGUUUGCUGCAUAUUCCAUGCAGCGGCGUGAUGUGACCUCGGAGUACUCUCUACACAAACUCGGCAGCAUGGAAGCCAGAAAAACUGUUGUAUUGUUAAACAGUUCCCUAGGAAUAUGUGUUGAGAUAGGCUUGCGUCCUUUAUUCCAUGCAGCGGAGUGAUGUGACCUAAGAUUAUGUUCAACACAAACUCGGCAGUAUGGACACCAGAGAAAAACUGUUGAAUUGCUAACCAGUUUUCUGGGAAUAUGUUUUGAGAUGGGAUGGGAUCCUGUGUCUGGAUGCGGCCAUGUGCUUUCUCUAUCAGUGGUGUUAUUUGUACAUACAUGGAUAUAUUGCAUGGAGAUGCUUAUACUUGGCUUGUAUAGAAUAUUGUGUCUUUUAUACAAAAAUUAAAAA